AUGCAUCUUCAGCACAAGACCCUACCCGAUGACAUUCUCUUCUCCAGAUUUCUCAAACUAGCCACCGAAAAGGAAAACCAAGUCAUUGUUGAUGAUUACAGCCAUAAUACGCAAUUUGGCUACCGUCACAUUCUCCACGGCACUUCGAAACUGCUUCAGAAGCUACAGAGCCUUGACGAGCAGCCUUUGGGUCAUGAUGGCAAUAUUUACAUCGGCGUUCUGGCACCAAAUGGCUAUGAGUUUAUCGUCGCUGUCCUUGCUGUUCUAGCUUUUGGUGGAGUAGUUGUUCCCAUGCCUACAGGCGCUCUUCCCUCAGAGGCGGCAUAUAUGCUCCAACAGUGCAACGCAAGCUAUCUCCUCGUUGGCCCCGAGCAAGUAGACCUCGGAAAGAGAGUCCAAGAGGAAUUCAGCAUUCCUACCUUUUUAAUUGAGAGCCAAGUUCAAGAUGCUGGGGAUUUACAACCUACCAAAGUAUAUACCCUCGAUCCAUCCCUGGCAGUAGAUGAGGAUUGCCCGAGUAUCUUGUUCUUCACUUCAGGUACCACUGGGCCCCCAAAGGGUGUCCUUCAUGCUCGCAAAACCAUCAACAAGUAUGCUCGAAUGGCAGAAGCAGGGACCAAUGAUGACAUCUGUCUUAUACCCAGCGGAGCCUUUUGGUCCGUUUACUUCACCAGAGUUUUCCAGAUGCUUUUGACUGGAGUCCGCAUCGAGAUCCAGAAUUUUGGACGCAACUAUAACCUCAUAUGGGAUAAGCUUCGCGAGAAGAGUGCAACAAAGAUUGUCUUAUCGCCUACCUUCUGGUAUGGUAUGAUGCACUACUACCAGGAGAGUAUUUCAAAGCUACCUGAACCGGUUGUUACAGAGUACAUUGAUGGCGUCCGGUACCUCCGCGAUGCUUGUGCAACAGGCGCUAUGCCUUCUGCUAAGUUGAAAGAGUUCUGGCAGAACUUACGCGGUGGACGGCCACUUAAGGUGCUUUAUGGAUCUACUGAGACUCAAGAGAUAUCGGUCUGCGAUGGCGAUCUGGAGAUCACGGAGAAUGACCUUGGAAAGCCUCUUCCAGGUGUUACGGUUAAGCUAGAUGGCGACGAAGGGGAACUACUCGUAAAGACGUCCUCUCUAUUUCUUGGGUACUUGAAUUUUCCGGAGGCUACUGCUAAACGCUUCGAUGCGGACGGAUUUUUCAAGACAGGUGAUCUAGUUACCCGUCAAAACGGAAAGUUCAUCUUCCAAGGAAGGGCAAACAUGGACUUGUUCAAAUUCUAUACCUACAAGGUCCCCCGGCCGCAAGUCGAAGCAGUAUUGACAGCACUCCCUUACAUCCUCGAGGGCUACAUCCUACCAGUAGAGGAUCCCCACUGCGACACCCGAGUUGCAGCCCUUGUGCGCUUUCAUGGUGGUGUGGAAAAGGUCAAUCUGGAUAAAAUCAGACUAGACCUGUCUCAAGACCUCCCGGCGUAUCAACUCCCCACCUUACUUCGCGUAUUGGGAAAACACGAAUCAGUUCCACGGACUUGGUCAGACAAACUGGCAAUGAGGAAAGUUAUUCAACAAUUCUUCCCGCAAGACAGUAACGAUCGGCUUAUCACGGAUGGUAUACAAGUCACUGACAUCAGUGAGUUCAUGCGCAGGAAGACCACAAAGCUAUGGGACUUAUCGGGAAUGCGACAGUAA